AUGGCUUCGCCCACUAAAAAACGAGGUCGCGGCAGACCAAAGAUCGGUUUUGCAAACAAAAAAUUGAGGGCCAACCUCAAAAACAGGCACGAUUCGAACCGUGAAGACCCCAUUGGAACUCCAGUUCAGACCUCAACUCCGGCUUCAACACUUCCUUCAAGGGGUCGAGGUCGUCCCAGGAAGGAUGGAAGCCCAGCAGCGAAGAAGCCGCGGAUCUCCAAUAUUGUACUUGGCAACAGGGUCGAAGAAGUGGAUAAAAUAGAUAAAAGAGGUCGUCCCGGCCGAAAUUCUCCACCGGAAAUCGAUCUAACAGGCGUUCAACUCUCAUCUGAUGGUAAGUUCCUAGAUUUGAAAAGUUUUUUCAACAGUUUUUACGAUAAUUCAGUAGAUGUCUUGUUGAUGGAUUUUUUUGCAGAUAACAACGUUGAAUCUGCUUCCCAGCCCUCUGAAUCGGCUCUCGAAGGCUCUGCGAGAGUUCGAGGCCGUCCACCGAAGAAGCAAAGCCCGUUGAAACAGAAACCGAAGACUUCCGAUAUUACACAUGACGUUCAAGUGGAAAGCACUGACAAAAAAGGUAGUUCAAGCCUGAAUUCGUCUCCAAAAAUUGAUCCGAGCCUACUGAUCCCACCUGGAGGUAUGUUUCCGCAAUUUCAGUGGUGUUUGAUUAGUUUUUAUUAUGUUUUAGAGGUCCUUUUUCUAAAUUUUUUUCAGCCGCUCAACACUCCGCUAUCCCCAAUCUGAAGAUCGAUUUUGCCGAACAAAACGGACGUUGGAAAAUCGUCAUCUCCGGAACUGGCCCAAUUCUUCAUCCGGAUGUCACAUCCACCACCUGCAAACAUUGCAACACCCACUUCUCAUCUCUUCAACUUACCUCUAACAAAAACUUGUAA